UUAUGAUGAAAGCGACGAUUUUUUUAGUUACAAAUGGUGGGAGCGUUAACUGCAAGGUUUAAUUAAUAACUGACGCACACACGCGAACAUGGAGUUUUAAUUUUCCUACUUUUGCUACACCGCCGCACGUCUAUAUAUAUAAUCCAAAAUCUGAUUAAACCCUAAAACCCCUUUCUACUCAAUCAUCUUCUUCCUCACUCCAUCACUAUUUCGAUUCCGAUUUAGCUGAUUCAGCCGGUAACGCAGUGAAGCAAGAUGGUGUACUGUGAUCACUGUGUCAGAAACGUUCAUGGACAGCGAAUCGACGACAGUGUGUUAUGUUGUGAGGACUGUGGGAAGGUGUUGGAAGAUUACUAUUUUUCUCAGGAGGCAACUUUUGUGAAAACUGCUGGUGGAAAGAGCCAAUUAUCAGGCAAUUUUGUAAAUGGGGUUCGUGUUGGAAUUUCCGAAUCACGUGCAAGGACUUUAGAUAAAGCUAGAGAUUUUAUGAAAAAUCUAAGUGUCGGCCUUGGAGUGGAAGAUAAUAGUAUAGUUGAGGAAGCUUUGGCCUUUUAUACAAUAGCACUAGAGAAAAAUUUUACAAAGGGACGUAGAUCAGAACAAGUACAAGCUUCUUGCCUCUAUCUUGCAUACCGGGAUAAAAAUAAGCCAUACCUUCUUAUUGAUUUUUCAAAUUCUUUAACGACAAAUGUUUAUGUGCUCGGCGCAGUUUUUUUGCAGCUUUGUAAAGUGUUAAGGCUUGAAAAUCAUCCGAUUGUUCAAAAGCUUGUUGACCCCAGUCUUUUUAUUUACAAAUUUACAAAUAAUUUGUUAAAGCAAAGGAAUGUGCCUGUCUCUGAAACUGCACUGAAUAUUAUUGCCAGCAUGAAACGUGACUGGAUGCAGACAGGGAGGAAGCCUAGCGGAUUAUGCGGUGCAGCAUUAUACAUGUCUGCUCUUGCACAUGGGUUUACAUGCUCUAAGUCAGAUAUUCUAAGAAUCGUCCAUGUAUGUGAAGCAACAUUGACCAAGCGGCUGGUAGAGUUUGAGAAUACAGAGUCCUCCAGUCUGACAAUUGAUGAGUUGAAUGCAAUGGCAAAAGAGCAUGAAAAAACUCCAAUUAAAAUACCAAAUGGUGAACUGAACAAAUGUAAUUCAGAGGAUCAAGAACUACUGUGUGAACACAAGGGUAGUGGAAUGCCCUAUUUUGCACUUGGAUUAUGUGAAGCAUGUUACAGGGAUUUUGAUACACUCUCUGGUGGACUUGAUGGUGGUUUAGAUCCUCCUGCAUUCCAGCGUGCUGAGAGGGAUAGAAUGAUAAAGUCAAAUUCUGAGGAGAAUGCUAAUAAAUUGGAUGAUUUGGCAAAGGAUUCAAAUGGUGCAUACGAGAGCCAAAUAGAGUUUCAUGCUGCCUCUGAGCCUAAAAGUAUUGGGAGUGAUGAAGGAUAUAUGGCCACUAAGGACGUUGAGCAUGAUAAGUCACAAAUAGAAGGUGACAUGAAUGCAAAAACUCAAGAUGAAUCAGAAAGUCUCUCUGAUAUUGAUGAUCAGGAGGUUGAUGGCUACCUUCACAAUGAGGAGGAAAAGCGUUACAAAAAAGAGAUAUGGGAAUUUAAUAAUCGAGAGUAUCUUGAGGAACAAGCUAUCAAGGAAGCAGCUAUAGCAGCUGAAAUGAAAAAAUUAGAGGAAGAAUUAAAAAAUUGUUCUCCUGAAUCUCGUGCAGCAAGAGAGCUUGCUGCUGAAGCUGCUGAAGCUGUGGCAAAAUCUAGAAAGGAAAUGAGGCAGAAACGAGCUCUAGAGGCAAAAAGUUUGGGUCCUGCUAAAUCUGCUGUAGAGGCAACGAGCCGAAUGUUGAAAACAAAGAAACUCAGCUCCAAAGUCAAUUAUGAUUCCUUGAAGAAAUUAUUUGAAGAACCUACAUCUCCACAGAAUCAAAAGAAAGUACGAUUUGAGUUGCCCACAAAGGAUGAUGAUGAUAAUUUGGAAUUGAAGUCAGACCACAAAACAAAGAAUGAUGAUUAUGAAUUGGCCGACGAAUACGUGGAGGAUGAUAUGAAUGGAGAAUACAAUGAUAAUUUGUAUCCAGUAAAUGAUUAUGAUGAGACAUACUAUGGGGAAGAUGGAUAUGAUGGUUUUAUGUAAAAGGGUACCUGAAGCUAUUCCUUCUUCAUUUAUCUAUCUAUCAACUUACAGGAACGUGAUCAACAUGGUUGGCAGCACCAGGGGAACCAAAGAUUGUCGAAAAUUUUGGUGUGUUGAGUUCAUUGAACAGGCGAGAAUCAUUGUUCUGUAUUUAGUUCAUUCCAAAAUUUUGUUCAUUCAUUAUUGAGGGCAUAUGAGUUACAAUUACCUCUCUUCAUUUAUGUAUUGUGUUAUUUAAACAAAACCUAUCACUUAUGGCAUUAAAAUCCGACCCGACCGGAUAUGCCGACACCGCCCUGAAUUUAACAGGAAAAACCGGUUUAAUUGGUAUGAGGCGGAGAAAACCCAACUUUGAAAAUGGGGAAGUGGGAUGGAGCAAGGGUGUCGAUACCCACCACGCCCCGUGGGCCUGACCUUCUCAAAAUCAAUAAGUUACUAUUGUAUUUAUUACUCUUAUUACAUAUUAAAGUUAGUGUUCUUUACUAGUCUUAUUAUAUAUUGAACUUAAAAAAUGUAAUUUGUAUGAUUAAUUUAUGUUGAACAUUUUUAUUUAA